CCAACCCUUCAAACGGACAAGCCCUAAUACAAACUGGAGUCCUUGAGAUCUGUCUCUCUUACAUGCCUCUUUGAAGUUUGAACUUUCUCUUGCUCAAAAAUCUUGGAAGUGAAAAGAAAAACACUAUUACUAUCGUGAGAGUGAGAGAGAGGGAGGGGGUGGAUCAAGGUUGAAGAAGAAUCAUGUCUGAUAUAGCCAAAGAAGCAUGGAGAAAAUAUCUUCUGCAACUCCAACUUCACCCUCUUAGGACCAAUGCAAUCACUUCAGGAGUUUUGGUUGGAUGCAGUGAUGCCAUCGCUCAAAAGAUCUCUGGCGUCAAGAAGCUUCAAUUCAGGCGAUUACUCCUCUUCAUGUUGUAUGGAUUUGCAUAUUCGGGACCUUUUGGACACUUCCUUCACAAACUAAUGGAAAUUAUUUUCAAGGGGGAGAAGGGUAAAGAAACUGUUGCCAACAAGGUGAUGUUGGAGCAAUGGACUUCUUCUCCAUGGAACAACAUGUUUUUUAUAAUGUAUUAUGGCUUGGUAGUUGAAGGAAGACCGUGGGUUCUGGUCAAGAGUAAACUUCGAAAGGACUAUCCUUCCAUUCAGUUGACUGCCUGGAAGUUCUGGCCUAUUGUUGAUUGGAUAAAUUAUCAGUAUAUGCCAUUGCAGUUCCGGGUUCUCUUUCACAGUUUCGUUGCUUCCGGCUGGGCAAUCUUUCUGAAUCUGAAAGCAAGAUCGGUUGUAAUCAAGAAGGCAUAGACGAUGUGACUUUGUUCCUACUUGAUUAUGUAGGAAAGAAUUAAAUCCCUAUUCAUGUAUAAAAGAUAAGAAGAAGCUAUGCUUGUUUAUUGCCUAAUACAUUGGUAAUAGCUUGCUCAGCGUCCCUAAUGUUACUGGAGAAAACAGCAUUGCUUCCCCAAGUAAGAUGAUUUUAAAGCU